AUGAUUGGGAGCAUCGACUGUAUGCAUUGGCAAUGGAAGAAUUGUCCGACAGGUUGGGUUGGAGAAUAUAGUGGUAGGAAACAGAUCCCCACUAUCAUCCUGGAAGCAGUCGCAUCUUACGACACCUGGAUUUGGCACGCAUUCUUUGGAAUACCGGGGGCAUGCAAAGACCUCAACGUCUUGGCAAAGUAUCCGUUGUUUGAUGAGUUUACCGCCGGUAGAGCACCUCUGAUCCAAUUCCAAGUUAACAACAGAUUUCACAAUUUAGGGUACUAUCUCUCUGACGGGAUUUAUCCUCGAUGGGCGACUUUUUUGAAAACAAUUCGAAAUCCUACACGCCCCAAGGAAAUCGAGUUUGCAAAGGCUCAAAAGGGGUAUAGGAAGGAUGGAGAAAGAUGUUUUGGUUUAUUGCAGUCACGGUUUGGUAUUGUUAUAGGAGCUGCUCGUGGGUGGCAUAAAGAGGACAUUCGAUACAUCAUGUUGACUUGUAUUAUAUUACACAACAUGAUUGUCGAGGAUGAACGACCUGAAGACAUCGAUGAUGAGUUGGAGUCCAACGAUGAAGAGGAUAACAAUAUGAGGCCCAUGAUUGCUGAGGUAUGGGAGGGACCAACCGGUAGAGACUUUGAUCCUGUUGGUAGAGAUGCUCAUCAUAUGAACGGAUUCAUGGACCGCUACCAACAAAUUAGAUCUGAGCAUAGUCACUCCAACCUUCAGGAAGACCUCAUUCAACACUUUUGGGAAUUUCAAGGCAACAGGCGUAUCUAG